AUGGCAAAACAUUUGAAGAUGUUAGCAGAAAGUGACAGUGAGGAUGAGAAGGCUAAGAAGAAAAAGAAGAAGAUAAAGACACCGGUUAGCAGCGAUGAUGAGACAGUACCGAUAGUGAGAAGAAAAAUGAAGGAAACUCCAAAGUUCGAGAUUAAUGAAGAAGCUAUUGCAAAGAAAAGUCCAAUUACUUGUGAAAAUUGUGAAAUUGUCUUUAAUCCCAAAGUUCAACAUAUCUUUGGUAAGAUGAUUGAUCGAAAAGUCAAGGGGGUUAAGGAACUUUAUGAAAAGAAGAGGAAAGGAAGCCCAACUGCAAUGCCUCCAAGAGUUAGGGGUAGAGGGAAGGGUCCCAUGCGAGGGGGACCAUCGACAGUAGGACCUUCACACCGACGCACUCCAUCUGCGUCAUUUUCCAGUUCUGACUCUCACAAUCUGUGGGGUCACUCUUACGAGCCAGCGAGACAUUCUAUCUCGUUGAGCUCCUCACCUUCAUUCCAUCCAUCAUUCGGGCCGCCUGUCGCAGACGAGCCCCGGCAUUCGCACCAUUCUCAACACUCCCAUCACUCCCAUGAAUCUCACCAAUCUUACCAUUCGUUGCACUCUCAUUCGUUUCACCAUUCGGAUUCUACCUAUUCGUCGGCACAGUUUAAUCCGAAUGAUUAUGUUAACGACUUCUUGGGCUACAACCCUUUGGGCCCUGAGGACCAUUUUUCUCAGGAAAUGGAAUUGGACGACGACCCAGACCCGGAGAUGCAGACCGGAACACCUGGCCACCCAAUUAGCAUUUCAAGCGGUUCCCCAUUUCAGGGAUCACCGUACCGUGGGCCUGAUUCAUUUCAAGAGAAGAUGGCCACUUAUGAUUGGUACUUUACUCCUUCGUACCAUAGCUCUCCAGCUCAACCUCCUUUGAUUGAGCCCCAGCUUCAAGCAGUUUCACCUCCACCACUUCCUGUUGAGGAGCCGCCUCAACAGCCACCUCAGCCACCUCCCGAGCCUCUAAGGCGAAGGAGGAACGCACGUAUAUCCGUGCAAGGAGGACCUCGUUUUAGUUCUCCUCAAGGUUCGAGUUCUUACCCUCCUAUUCCCGAGGACCCCCAAAUGGGUGGACCCUCGAACGCGGUGCCGGAGAACGAUCCUCCGCCAGCUUCUUAUGCACCACCACAGCCGCCUAUGGGUUUCGACAACCCGAUCUCGACUUACCCAGGUUCUUCUGGGUACACUCCUUUUGAAAACCCAAUGGGUUACCCAUCAGAUUAUGGAACUCAUGAUCCGUACCUUACAGCUGCAGAAUACCAUCAUCUUUACCCUUCUUCUUACUCUCCAGUUUAUCCAAUUGGAUACCCGGUGCAGGGUUAUCAAUACCCGCCUUACCAGCAACCUCCUCCUCCCCAGCAGCAGCAGCAAACUCAGGAGAUCCUGGAAAGGUUAGAUAGGGUUGAGCAUGAGGGCCUUGCAAACCUUCUUAAAGGCAAGAAGAAGUAG